ACCUGAGAAAGGUAGCAAGCAAUAGGCAAGACAGAGUCUCGUCUGCCAGAAACGCACAAGAAGAAGAAGGAGAGUCUGGCACGAAAGAAGCGGUUGCUAUGGCCGACAUGUUUCCAUAUCAACAAUAAAUGGACCUAGCUUGUCGUGGUAAACUAGCCAGAGAAGGAGAAGGGAAUGGCAGAGACAACAGAGAGCAAGAAGGAGGAGGCCGAUUACAAGAGGCUCCACAGCUUCCCACUCAUCAGGCACACAGACAUGCCAGAGGAGAUGAGAGUGGAAACGAUGGAACUGUGUGUCACAGCCUGUGAGAAGUUUGCCACCAAUAAUGAGAAUGCGGCGAAGAUGAUCAAAGAGUCGAUGGAUAAAAAGUUUGGCAGCUCGUGGCACGUGGUGAUUGGUGAGGGCUUUGGCUUCGAGGUGACACACGAGGUCAAGAACCUGCUCUACAUGUUCUUUGGAGGCAGCCUGGCCGUGUGUGUGUGGAAGUGUGCUUAGCACACACACACAAACACACAGGCACACACACCCCUCCCACCCAGUCUGUCUCUACCUAACGAUUGUGUUUAUAUAUUUAUAUACACAUCCUGGAUGAUUCACCAAUCUCUGAGCUUUGCAAAAUGUUUCUUUGUUAUUUACUGUGUGUGUGUGUGUGUGUGUGUGUGUGUGUGUGUGUGUGUGUGUGUGUGUGUGUGUGUGUGUGUGUGUGUGUGUGUGUGUGUGUGUGUGUGUGUGUGUGUGUGUGUGUGUGUGUGUGUGUGUGUGUGUGUGUGUGUGUGUGUGUGUGUGCACCUGCCUGCCUGUGAUGUCCCAUACAUCAUUGAUUGAUUAGGCUGAGUCAUAAUUGAUAUAUUGUAUUCAAUAUCAGCAUGUCACACUCUUGCCUUGUGUGUGCCCAAACAGUAUGAAAAUGACCAAGUUUUAUCUGUAUACAAAUCUGAUCAUUUCUACAGAGCAGUGAGUUCACUGCAUGAAGGAGUCUGCUGUCUCCUACUAUCCUACUGAUGGAAUUCAGUGGGGCUGAAACACUUGCACUCUCUUUCCCUAUUACUUUCUGCUCUACUUCUUUAACUCGAGGCGGUGUGUGUGUGUUCUCAUCAACAUCUCAUGCUCACCUUUGAAAAAAAUGCAUCCAGCUCUGUCUUUCCUCCAUUCCGCUUGUAAGUUGGCACGCUGUCGUCACGGUGGGCUGCCAUGCCAUCUGCUGAAAAACAUCCUUACACACAGAAACACACAGUCUCUCUCAUUGCUCUCAAUUCACACUCUCUGUUUCUCCAAUCCUCUCUCUCUCUGAUUUUUUAUCUCCUUCUAUAGUAGUAUCUUUAGUCUUCACCUUUAGUCUUCACCUUUCAGACAUGAGUUCCAUAAGUCACCCUUGUCUGUGUCUCUACUCCUCCUAUAACUGAUAAGAUAUCACAGGGACUUUUAUAUCCUCUCAAUGUACAUUAAAUACUUGAAUUUGAAUGUGAAGAUGGAAUCUGAUUUUGUAAAUGAUCAUCAUGGGCUUUUUAUGAAAGAGCUUAUUGUUGAAAUAAUAGUUAUUUUCUGUCACGCCAAUGUUAUAAGAUAGUCAUGGAUAGGUGUCGUUGUUGUUCUGAAUUUGUAUCACAACUGAUGAUAUUACAUGAGCUAUUCUGACUCCCAUUGCAUUGCAUUGCAUUUCAAUGGAUAUCAACUUACAGUCUCAAUACCACAUAGAAUCCUUUAUGUUGUCAACCGUGGAUGCAACCAGGUACCAUAACACCGAUGCAUUGUAUUGUUGUUUUCACUUCAACACUGUGUGUUUGCAUACAUUCAUAAAUUCAUUGCACAUGAAAUUAUUUCUGAAAGUGAUAAAAAUGUUUUAGUUUUUUCAAAUCU